AUGGCCAGCCCAUUCGUCCAAACCCGCUGCAAAUUCGAUCAAUACCAGAUGAACCAACAGAACCCCAUUCAGAUUGCCAGUUCCUUUGACCAGACGUACCUCGACACCAAGCACCAAAGCUUGCAGGGCUUGGAACGACCUUCAUAUGAUGGUCGCAGUCCCACGACCCCAAAAUCUUCCUUGGCCCUGGGCACUUCGGAGUCUGGCAGCUUCCCACCCCAAUUAAUUCGCACUGGGUUGCGGGCCCGCCACCAGAAAGCACUAUCCAACCAGUGGGAUGGAACCCCUGGUAGCGUCCAGUCAUACGUCGAGUCUUCUCCUAUCUCUUCCUCUGUUCAUCAAUCUCACCACACAGGCAUCUCUGAGAUCCUCAAGUCUGGCAAGCAUGCUUCACUACCUGCAAAGGUCGACAAUCAUCUCCCCGGCGGCGGAGGGAACCUCAAAUCCAAGGAAGCUAAGCAUCGAUGCCGCCGUUCCUCGCAUAACCUAAUUGAGCGCCGUCGUCGCGACAACAUCAACGAGCGAAUUCAAGACCUGUCACAUCUGGUUCCUCAACACCGGCUGGAAGACGACAAGGUCCGGAAGCAACUUGUGAACACCAGCGCUCUCUCUAUGGCUGGCGCGGGCGGGAACGCCACCAACCCUCGCAACGACCACCGCACAAUACCCGGCAACAUCGCCAUGGGACUUUCCAUUGAAUGGGGGGAGAAGGGACUUAAGAAGGGCGACAUUCUCAACGGGGUCGUCAGAUGGAAUCGUGACCUUAUAAGGGUCCUUCACGUCAAAUACCAACAAGAAGCGGAGCUUGCCGAGUUGAUCCGCAGCCUUGGUGGAACCUGGCCCUUCGAGCAAUGCGAAGAAGAGAAGCGUAUGCGCAACAGCGGUCGCCGUGUUCCUAAACACACCAACCUCGCCGGCGACGCCGUGCAGGGCGGUGAUAUGUCCGGCUUGACCCCUCCUAGCCUGAGCCCUUCGUACCGCAGUAGCGACAGCAGUGCUAAAGGCGCCGGUCAAUCACAGCACUGGAAAAAUGCUGAUCAUGCUGCAUGA